UCUGCGCUGCGACUGACACACCGGCCCCGGCCCGGGACGGCUCACUUUCGUUUCGCACUGCACUCGAUGGGGGCGCGGACUCGCCUGUGCUUCAUGCAGUCUAACUAGUGUGUAGGAAAACGGCUCAAUUCACCGCUGCCGAGAUGAAGUAUAAGAAUCUUAUGGCAAAAGCCUUAUAUGACAAUGUCCCAGAGUGUGCUGAGGAACUGGCCUUCCGCAAGGGAGACAUCCUGACUGUCAUAGAGCAGAACACAGGAGGACUGGAAGGAUGGUGGCUCUGCUCCUUACACGGUCGGCAAGGGAUUGUCCCAGGCAACCGGGUGAAGCUUCUCAUUGGGCCCAUACAGGAGACCUCCUCCAGUCAGGACCAGCCUACUGCUGGACUGAUGCACCAGACCUUUGGCCAACAGAAGCUCUAUCAAGUGCCAAACCCACAGGGUGCUCCUCGAGACAUCAUCUACCAAGUACCACCUUCCUACCAAAAUCAGGGAAUUUAUCAAGUACCCACUGGCCAUGGUACCCAGGAACAAGAUGUGUAUCAAGUACCACCAUCAGUGCAAAGAGGCAUUGGAGGGGCUAAUGGUCCCCACUUGAGUAAAAAGGUGAUAACCCCCGUGAGGACAGGCCAUGGCUAUGUGUACGAGUACCCAUCUAGAUACCAAAAGGACAUCUACGAUAUCCCUCCUUCCCAUUCUACUCAAGGGGUAUAUGAUAUCCCUCCGUCAUCGGUGAAAGGUCAGGUGUUUUCCGUUCCAGUGGGAGAGAUGAAACCUCAAGGGGUCUAUGACAUCCCUCCUACUAAAGGGGUAUAUGCCAUUCCACCCUCUGCUUGCCGAGAUGAAGCAGGGCUCAGGGAAAAAGAGUAUGAUUUCCCCCCUCCAAUGAGACAAGCUGGAAGGCCAGAUGUCAGACCUGAGGGCGUAUAUGACAUCCCCCCAACCAGUACCAAACUGGUGGGGAAUGAUCUUCACAUGAAAUAUAACUGUGAUGCUACGGGAGCUGCUGAACUGGUAGGACAAAGGCACCCAAGCAUUUCCCUGAAACACCCACCCUCACAGCUGGGACCGUCAGGGGGCACUCAGAAUGAUGCGUAUGAUGUCCCUCGAGGGGUACAGUUUCUGGAACCACCAGCAGAAACCAGUGAGAAAGCAAACCCUGAAGAAAGAGAUGGUGUUUACGAUGUCCCUCUGCACAACCCAGCGGACGCCAAAAGCUCUCAGGAUGUGGUAGAUGGAAUCAACCGAUUGUCUUUCUCCAGUACAGGCAGCACCAGGAGUAACAUGUCCACGUCUUCCACCACCUCAAAGGAAUCUUCACUGUCAGCCUCCCCAUCUCAGGACAAAAGGCUCUUACUGGACCCAGACACAGCCAUUGAGAGACUCCAUCGGCUCCAGCAGACCCUGGAGAUGGGCGUCUCCAGCCUAAUGGCACUGGUCACGACCACGGACUGGAGGGGCUAUGGAUACAUGGAACGACACAUCAAUGAGAUACGCACUGCAGUGGACAAGGUGGAGUUGUCCUUGAGGGACUACCUGCAUUUCGCCAAGGGCGCUGUAGCAAAUGCUUCCUGCCUCCCGGAACUCAUCCUCUACAACAAAAUGAAGCGGGAGCUGCAAAGGGUGGAAGACUCCCACCAGAUUCUGAGCCAAACCAGCCAUGACUUAAAUGAAUGCAGCUGGUCCCUGAAUAUCCUGGUGGUCAACAAGCCCCAAAACAAGUGUGAUGAUCUGGACCGCUUUGUGAUGGUGGCAAAAUCGGUGCCUGACGAUGCCAAGCAGCUCACCACAACAAUCAACACCAAUGCAGAAGCCCUCUUUAGACCAGGCCCCGGCAGCUCCCAUGUGAAGAAUGGGCCUGAGAGCAUCAUGAACUCCACUGAGUACCCCCAUGCUGGAUCCCAGAUGCAGCUGCUGCAUCCUGGAGACCACAAGGCCCAGACCCUCAACAAGGCAUUGCCCCCACACCUGAGCAAGGAUCAGCCUGUAGCUGACUGUAGCAGCAGUGAUGGCUCUGAAAGGAGUUGGAUGGAUGAUUAUGACUAUGUCCACCUACAGGGUAAAGAGGAGUUUGAAAGGCAACAGAAAGAGCUGCUGGAAAAAGAAAAUAUCAUCAAACAGAACAAGAUGCAGCUGGAACAUCAUCAGCUAAGUCAGUUCCAGUUGCUGGAACAAGAAAUUACCAAGCCCGUGGAAAACGACAUGUCAAAGUGGAAGCCCUCGCAGAGCCUCCCCACCAUCAACAGCAGCGUGGGCGCUCAGGAUAGGCAGUUGCUUUGCUUCUACUACGACCAGUGCGAGACCCAUUACAUUUCCCUUCUCAAUGCCAUCGACGCGCUCUUCAGCUGCGUCAGCUCCGCCCAGCCGCCGCGGAUCUUCGUGGCACACAGCAAGUUUGUCAUUCUGAGCGCGCACAAACUGGUGUUCAUUGGAGACACGCUGACGAGGCAGGUUGCUGCCCAGGACAUUCGCAACAAAGUGAUGAACUCCAGCAACCAGCUCUGCGAACAGCUGAAGACUAUAGUUGUAGCGACCAAGAAGGCCGCCCUCCACUACCCCAGCACCCCGGCCUUGCAGGAAAUGGUGCACCACGUGACGGACUUGUCCAGGAACACGCUGCAGUUCAAGCGCUCCCUGCUGGAGAUGGCAACGUUCUGAGAAGAAAGGAGGACAGGGGCGCUGAGCGGGUUACCAAGGAAAACUGGAAGUAUUAUCUGGUUUUUGUAAAUGAUAUCUAUUUUUGUAUAUAUUUUAUAUGGAAAUGAAAUAUUUUAACAUUUUAUGGGUUAGACAACGUUCAGGACUUCAGGGAGCUAGAGAGGGAACUUUGUGUGUGUGUGUGUGUGUGGUUCUUGUGUACACGUGGAAGCAUCCAGAACAUAAACUGUACAGAAACUUGUCCACGCGCGUGUGUGUGCCUGUGUAUUCAUGUUCGUUUGUAGAUGUUUGUCCGAUACAUUCCAUUCAAAAACAUGAAUUAAGACGCACCUUAGUAAGCACCUCCUAAUGCUGCAUUUAUUUUAUUUUUUUUUUUAGAAAACAUACCAGCUGGUUGUAAUGUACCUACAUAUACUAGCAAUUUAUUUUGAGCCUAUCACUUCCACGUCUGGGAAGGAUAGUUUAUUUGCAAAUGCUCAACCUCCCAAAUAACAAGGCAUGAUAGAACUUAUCCUUCUUUUGAAGCCCCUUCCAAAAUGGACUAUCUUGGACACAGUACAAACGGUCUCACCUCUGGUUGAAAAAGUUUCAGAAAGUGAUCUAAGUUCCUAUAUUCUGGGAGCUGGAGAGGGAAGAGACCCGUGUGGUAAGAAGCCAAGUCCCAGUUAGGAUUGGGUUGUUUCAACACUGUGAGGACACCACGAUAAAAGGAGAGAGUGUGUUUCCUGGGACUAUUUAAUGGUCUGUGUUUUUGAGUGAUUUUGCCAUGAGAUUUUCCAGAUGAUGUUUUCAGAUUUGCAAAAACCGUAUUAUUUGCAGCAGGAGUUUAUAAAGACACAUCAGGCUCUAAUCAUCCACAAAAAGGAUGAUUUCGUCUGCAGGUGUAAGUAGAAGGCUUUCUGACUCUCAGCAUUCACUUAGGUGCUACUACCCCUCCAUUACCUGAGAGAAGCCGGCCAGUUCCUUGGUCACCAGAAUUUUAGAGCCACUAGGCCACAUCCGACUCUAAGAGAAUUUAUUGCUUGAUCUUGCACCCUCCGUAAACCAUGCAUAGGCAGACUUGAUGCUUAGAGUAGCUAUCCUGAGCCCAUUUAAUCUUUACAACUCUGUCUGGACAACAAUCCUGCAUACACGGCCCACCACUCAGCACAGCAUCCAUUCCAUAGUCUGUCCCCUUUUGCCUGCUGGUGUUGGCACAGCACAGACCACAAGCCACCUGAUUCAUCAUAAGGCAAAUAAAAUACUUCCUGCCUGGUGAGAAAAAUGCAUUCACAUAUUACCAAGUCAAGAAGCAUGCUAUCACCCUGGCUAGUGUGGCUCCGUUUGGUUGAGUAUCAUCCCAUGCACUGAGAGGUCACCGGUUCAAUUUCUGAUCAGGGCACAUGCCUGUAUUGCCUGCUGGAUCCCCAGUGGCGGAGGGGUGGGGGAGGGGGGAGGUGCAGAAGGCAGCCGAUCAAUGGUUCUCAUUGAUGUUUCUCUCUCUUCCCCUCUCUCUAAAAUCAAUAAAAAUAUAAAAUAAGAAAGAAGCACACUAUGUAUGGUCUUUCAAUCCAGUUCUUAUUUAAUGGUUUUAUUCCAGCCUAUUUGAAAACAUUUUUAUUUACAAUAUAUGCUUUAACAGAAUUAAGCUUGCUUGUUUUAAACAAUCAAGUCAUUAGAACAAGACAAGAUUUAAAGAGCAGAAUGUGUGAUCUCAGUAUCAGUGAAACAUCAUAGAAGGUGCUUUUCAAAACAACCGCUAUUAUACUUCUCAAAGUUCUGCUCUGCCAAAGUAGAAUUAAAAGUUGUAUUGUUAUAUGAUAAGUAAAUGUGUAGGGAGGAAGGGGAUUGCUGAAAAUCGACAACACUUGAAAAGUAUAAAAGUGUGUCCUUGUAGAUUUCAUUGUAAAUGUGUAUUUCUUAGGAGAUGACAGAUUUGUUCUAAGUGGUGACAUUUCAUGUUUGUAAAACCAAAAUGUUCAAUCUGUAUUACUCUCUUUGUUAUUGUGUAUGUAGAAGCUAUUUUAAAUCAUUAAAUUUUUUAGAUCUGUG